AUGAGAAGAGGAAUCGGAAUAGGAGCUCUCCAGAAUGAUAAAUUGAGACAACAAAAAUUCAAAGAAAAAGGAGAGGAUGUAAACAAUAUGCAAAUGUCUCAAAUGAAGGAACGUUUAGAUAUUUUCCGACAAAGUUUAGAAGAAUUUGCAAUUAAACACAAAAAAGAUAUUAAUAAGAAUGCAGAAUUUCGUCAUCAAUUUCAACAAAUGUGUUCAAAAAUUGGUGUUGACCCCCUCGCAUCAAACAAAGGAUUUUGGGCUGAAUUAUUGGGUGUGGGUGAUUUCUAUUAUGAAUUGGGAAUACAAAUCAUUGAAAUUUGUUUAAAAACAAGAAAUCAAAAUGGAGGUCUGAUUGAACUGAACGAACUGACUGAACGUGUCAAAAAAACAAGAAACAAAUACUCACAAAAAGAUUAUGACAUUACAGUAGAGGAUGUGAAACGGUCGAUCAAACACCUAAAAGUUCUUGGAAAUGGAUUUCAGCUGGUCAUGCUGGGUGGAGGAAGAUACUUUGUUCAAUCCGUACCAUGUGAGCUGAAUGCAGACCAAACCGCCAUUCUUUCGAGUGCUCUUUCACGGAAGGGUCUCGAAGGAAUGACGAUACCCGAACUCGAAAGAGAGUUGUCUUGGUCGAGAGAACGAGUGGAAAACGCAUUAAAACCACUGAUCAAAGAAGGUUUUGCUUGGAUUGAUUCACAGUCCACAAAAGGUGAAGGAGAAGAGUAUUGGUUUCCUGGCCUCAUUGAACAAAUCGAUUCACCAUUUUCGUCGCCCAACAUGAUGAUGGCCGAUGAAUUAUUACCAAAGAUGGGUAAAGAGAAGGAACACAUUAACGUUGUCGUCAUUGGUCACGUCGACUCUGGUAAAUCCACCACCACUGGACACUUGAUCUAUAAGUGCGGUGGUAUUGAUAAGAGAACCAUUGAAAAGUUCGAAAAGGAAGCCCAAGAAAUGGGUAAGGGUUCCUUCAAGUAUGCUUGGGUUUUGGACAAGUUGAAGGCUGAAAGAGAAAGAGGUAUCACUAUCGAUAUUGCCUUGUGGAAAUUCGAAUCCAAGAACUUUGUCUUUACCAUCAUUGAUGCUCCAGGUCACAGAGACUUCAUCAAGAACAUGAUUACUGGUACUUCUCAAGCUGAUGUUGCUAUCUUGGUCAUUGACUCAACUACUGGUGGUUUCGAAGCUGGUAUUUCUAAGGAUGGUCAAACCAGAGAACACGCCUUGUUGGCCAAGACUUUGGGUAUUCAACAAUUGAUUGUCUGUAUGAACAAGUUCGAUGAUAAGACUGUCAACUACUCUCAAGCCAGAUACGAUGAAAUCAAGAAGGAGGUUGCUGACUACUUGAAGAAGUUGGGUUACAAGGUCGAUGAUAUUCCAUUCGUACCAAUCUCUGGUUGGACUGGUGACAACAUGAUUGAAAAGUCUGACAAGAUGCCAUGGUACAAGGGCAAGUGUUUGUUGGACACUUUGGAUGACUUGAAGCCACCAGUUAGACCUGUUGAUAAGCCACUCAGAUUGCCACUCCAAGACGUUUACAAGAUUGGUGGUAUUGGUACUGUCCCAGUUGGUAGAGUUGAAACUGGUGUCUUGAGACCAGGUAUGGUUGUUCACUUUGCUCCAGGUCAAGCUGCAGAUUCUGAAGUCAAGUCUGUUGAAAUGCACCACCAAUCUGUCCCAGAGGCUAAGCCAGGUGACAACGUUGGUUUCAACGUUAAGGGUCUCUCCACAACUGAUAUCAAGAGAGGUUAUGUUGCUUCUGACUCUAAGAACGAUCCAGCUAAGGAAACUGCCUCAUUCGAAGCUCAAGUCAUCAUCAUGAACCACCCUGGUGAAAUCAGAAACGGAUAUACUCCAGUUUUGGAUUGUCACACUUCUCACAUUGCUUGUAAAUUCGAAAAGUUGUUGGCUUUGAUCGAUAAGAGAACCAACCAAACUGUCGAAGAGAACCCAGAAAAGAUUAAGAGAGGUGAAUCUGCUAUGGUUAAGUGUGUUCCAACCAAGCCAAUGUGCGUUGAAGCUUACACUGAUUAUCCACCUUUGGGAAGAUUCGCUGUCAGAGAUAUGAGACAAACUGUGGCUGUUGGUAUCAUUAAGAAGGUUGAGAAGAAGGACAUUGCUGCCAAGAAGUAA